AUGAUUUUUCAAUCUUUUCUACUAGGUAAUCUAGUAUCCUUAUGCAUGAAGAUAAUCAAUUCGGUCGUUGUGGUCGGACUCUAUUAUGGAUUUCUGACCACAUUCUCCAUAGGGCCCUCUUAUCUCUUCCUUCUCCGAGCUCAGGUUAUGGAAGAAGGAGAAGAAGGAACCGAGAAGAAGGUAUCAGGAACAACAGGUUUUAUUAUGGGACAGCUCAUGAUGUUCAUAUCGAUCUAUUAUACGCCUCUGCAUCUAGCAUUGGGUAGACCUCAUACAAUAACUGUCCUAGCUCUACCCUAUCUUUUGUUUCAUUUCUUCUGGAACAAUCACAAACACUUUUUUGAUUAUGGAUCCACUAGCAGAAAUUCAAUGCGUAAUCUCAGCAUUCAAUGUGUAUUCCUGAAUAAUCUCAUUUUUCAAUUAUUCAACUAUUUCAUUUUACCAAGUUCAAUGUUAGCCAGAUUAGUGAACAUUUAUAUGUUUCGAUGCAACAACAAGAUGUUAUUUGUAACAAGUAGUUUUGUUGGUUGGUUAAUUGGUCACAUUUUAUUCAUGAAAUGGGUUGGAUUGGUAUUAGUCUGGAUACAGCAAAAUAAUUCUAUUAGAUCUAAUAAGUACCUUGUGUCAGAAUUGAGAAAUUCUAUGGCUCGAAUCUUUAGUAUUCUCUUCUUUAUUACCUGUGUCUACUAUUUAGGCAGAAUGCCGUCACCUAUUUUUACUAACAAACUGAAACAAAUGCUAGAAACGAACGAAAUUGAGGAAGAAACAAAUUUAGAAAUAGAAAAAACUUCCGAAACGAAGGAGACUAAACAGGAAGAAGAGGGAUUCACCGAAGAAGAUCCUUCUCCUUCCCUUUUUUCGGAAGAAAAGGAGGAUCCGGACAAAAUCGAUGAAACGGAAAAGAUCCGAGUGAAUGGAAAGGACAAAACAAAGGAUGAAUUCCACUUAAAAGAAGCAUGCUAUAAAAAUAGCCCAACUUCUUAUUCUGGGAAUCAAGAUAUUUCGAAGUUAGAAAUACUUAAAAAAGAAAAGAAAAUCCUAUUCUGGUUUCAAAAACCCCUUAUUUUUCUUCUUUUCGACUAUAAACGUUGGAAUCGUCCAAUGCGAUAUAUAAAAAACAAUCGGUUUGAAAAUGCGGUAAGAAAUGAAAUGUCACAAUAUUUUUUUUAUACAUGUCAAAAUGAUGGAAAACAAAGAAUUUCUUUUACAUAUCCACCUAGUUUAUCAAUUUUCUGGGAAAUGAUACAAAGAAAGAUUUCUUUGGCUACAACAGAAAAAUUCUUAUAUGAUGAUGAACUAUACAAUUAUUGGAUUUAUACGAAUGAACAAAAAAAAAACAGCUUAAGCAAUGAAUUUGCUAAUAGAAUUACAGUUCUAGACAAAGGACUUUUUUAUAUAGAUGUACUUGAUAAAAAAACUAGAUUAUGUAAAAGUAAAAAUGAAUAA